AUGUCUGCAGCAGCCAGCAGCGCCGCCUCAGAACAGACAGCAGCAGCAGCAGCAGUAGCAGCAACAGCAGCAGCAGCAGAUCCAGCAGCACUUGCUGCUGCACAUGCAGCAACAGCAGAAGAUGCUGAGCUCUUCCUUGAGAGGGCCGAAGAAGUGGCGGAGAAGGUGAGGGCCAUCCUGCGAGGGGAGAUCAGCGUUGAGGAGCUGCAGCGGGAGGAGCAGCAGCAGCAGCAGGAAGAGAGGAGACGGCAGCUGCAGCAGAGAGCCAGAGAAAUAGCAGCAGAAGAGAGACGGGAGCAGCAGCAAGAGCAGCAGCGCAGAGGUCGCGAGGGCCUCGGCCUCCCCUCCUCUAACUUUGAUUUCUAUUGCCCCAGCUGCAGGGUGGAAUAUCAAAUAGCACAGCAGCAGCAGCAGCAGCAGCAGCAACAACAACAAGAGCAGCAACAGGGACAACAGCAGGAGCAGCAGCAGCAGGAAAAAGCGCAGCAGCAGCCAUUGCAGCAGCAGCAGCAGCAGCAGCGAUGCUAUCGUUGUGGCGGUGAGCUGCAGAGUCGAGUUGAGCGCAUGCAGCUGCUGCAGGAGUUGAAGGCAGCAGCGCAGCGGGAGAAGCAGCAGGUGCUGCUGCGGCGACAGAAGCAGCAGCAGCUGCAGCGCACGAAGCAGCUUACGCGAGGCUCUCUAGCAGCAGCAGCAGCAACAGCAGCAGCAGCAGCAGCAACGGGGCCAACAGACUACGACAAGUGGAGGUAUUUUGAACCUGAUAGCGACGAAGAGGAGAAGCAGCAGCAGCAGCAGCAGCUGCUGCAGCACGAAUCUCCUCGCAUUACACCCGAGCUGCAGCAGCUCGAGAGAGAUAUUCACAAGAGACAAAAAUCAAAGGCAAGACAGCGACAUAUUGCUGCAGCAAAACUUGAAGAGGGUAGAGUGCAUGCAGCAGCAGGAAGGUGGCUGCUUGCAGAAGAAGCAUUUGCUGCUGCUGCUGCAGCAAAACCAGACUCUCUACCUGCCCUCAGCAAUCUGUCUCUUGCUGCACUUAAGUUAGAGAAGUGGGAGCAGACAGCAGAGACAGCUUCAAAAUUACUCACCAUCUGCGAGCUCUUCGAGGGAGGAUACACGAAGUCAAGGGGCUUGUGCUACAAAGCUUUGCUGCGGCGGGCCUUUGCUCGGCGGCAGCUGCUGCUGCUGGAAGCAGCAGCAGCAGACGCAGCAGCAGCGCAGCAGCUGCUACCCAACCCUAUCGAAGCAAAUGCAUUAGCAGAAGAAAUCAAGCUUCUCUUGAAUUCUUCAAGCCUGCAGCAGCAGCAGAUGCAGCAGCAGAUGCAGCAGCAGAUGCAGCAGCACCAGGAUAAGGCUCACAAACAAAAGCAGCAGCAGCAGGAGGGGAAUGAUGCUGCUGCUGCAACCCACUUGGGUAGCAGCAGCAGCGUCGACGAAAAGUGUGCAGCAGCAGCAGCAGCAGCAGCAGCAGCAAAACCAGUAGAUAUUCCCACCGUAGUAGCAGCAGCAGCAACAGAUCCUGCAGGAGCAGCAGCGCCGGGUGUAGCAAUAUCCACAUCAGCAAAAGACACAGCAGCAGCAACAAGAAACACAGCUGCAGCAGCAUUAGCUGCAGCAGCAGCAGCAGCAGACAGUGCAAAUGCUUCUUCGACCGGCCCAGCAGCAGCAGCAGCAACAACAACAACAGCAGCAGCAGGGAAUGCAGCAGCAGCAACUCGCAAUGCAGCAUCAACAUUGAAGGAAGAUACUACUGCUGCAGCGACAGCGGAUCCAGCAGCAGCAGCAGCAGCAGCAACAGCAGCAGCAACAACCAGCGAAGCUACCGCAGCAGAGUCACAGGGCGUUGCUGCAGCAGCACCAACAUCAGAAGCAGCGCCAGCAGUAGCAGCAGCAAGAACAGCAUCAGAAGGAACAGCAGCAACAGCAGCAGCACCAGCAUCAGAAGCAACAGCAGGAGCAGCAGCAGCAUUUGCUGCUGCUUUUGCUCAGCUGCGGCGCUGCAGCAGCCUUCUUCAUUGCCUUCCCUCCUCCACUCUCUCUUCUUUGCUGCAAUUAAUAAAACAAUCAGCAGCAGCACGAACGAUGAUGUGCACUCUGCAGCCUUCUGCUGCUGCUGCUGCUGCUGGCGGUACUGCUGCUGCUGCUGCUGCUGCGCCGCUGCAGCUGCGGCUGCCCACCGGCCCCGCGCGGUGUCUGCUGGAUUUCGUGCUGCAAGACAUUCGACUGUAUGCCUUGUCUCUUAGAAGCAAAAUGCAGCAGCAACAGCAGCAGCAGCAGCAACAGCAGCAGCAGCAGCAACAGCAGCAGCAGCAGCAACAACAGCAGCAUAAGCAGCAGCAGCAGCAGCAGCAGCAGCAGACAGAAGAACCACUAAAAGUUGCUGCUGCUGCUGCUGUUGCGAACGAAGACCCAAAAGCCCCAGUACAACAGGACAGCAGCAGCAGCAGCAACAGCAGCAGCAAAAGCAGCAGCAGCAGCAAGAGCAGCAAUGAAGUUGACUGCA